AUGGCCUCAGUUCCUCCUGGCGACAUCAACACUCAGCCCAACUCGAAGAUCGUCUUCAACGCGCCGUACGACGACAAGCACACCUACCACAUCAAGAUCAUCAACGCUUCCGGCCGUCGUAUUGGAUGGGCCAUCAAGACCACCAACAUGAAGAGACUUCGGUGUGGAUCCUGCCUGUGGUGUGCUCGACCGACGCUCGAAUGGUGUAACACUCCUGAAGGAGCUGCCAAGCAAUUCCGUCGUGAAUGGUUCCAAGGAGAUGGUAUGGUCCGCAGAAAGAACCUU